GCCAGGCUGACGCAGGUUCACCGCCCUCCAGCAGCGACGUCCCGUCGAGGAAGAACCUCAGCUCCAUCCGCCUCAGUCUUUUCUCGUCUAUCCAACAGCUAGCGAGCUCUUCCGCGGCCCAGCUACUUUUCCCGUCUGACCUCGCUGAAGUCCGUACGACACGCCCUUCCCUUCCUGGUCGCAUACGAGCUCCCUGGACGAUCUCGCAACCCCUCAAGUGCUGCUUCUCCGCGGGGACGUGGGCAAGAGCGUUGGCUAGUAGAUUGUCCAGCGAUGGAGCUCAAAAAGCGUGUUCGACGCGUGCAUCUUGGCCAAGACAGUCGACAGCGCAAACGGGAAGAUUGGGGAUGGAUAUGGACUCAUCUGCCUAAGGCGCCUUCGCUGCCUUAUCGCCGCACGACAGCGAGAGGGGCAGACUGGAUGGCAGGGGCUGGAGAGCACUGGGAGGCACGGGCGCGCGGGUGUGUAACCAUGUUUCCAUCGCGAGUCCAUAAACUCAAUAUGCGUCUUCAGUAUCUUCGUAGACCAUCUUGCAAGAGCAAAAGCUGUAUUCGUAUCACUACCAUGCCAAUAUUAAUGCGCAUUUCCCGUCAAGCCUCCGAUCGACACCAGUGGCGUAAAUCGGGUAGCAGAAGGACUGCGCAGGGUAGGCGACGGAGCAGAUCUCGAGCUGCAGGGACAAGGCGAAGUAGGCGCGGUCGCUACUAUGCUCUUGGACCAGAUCAGGCGUGCUGUUCGCUCCAGGGAUUCUAGAAAUGUUGUCGCCAGCCCCAGCGACGAGACGUCCCAUCCGCACUGGCUUUGACUGGGCUCAGAGACCAGCAAGACCACGAGAAAUUGGUGCACAUCAUUGCGCCAGCAUUGACUUGCCUCAAGAGGACAGCUCCGUUGUCCGUCUCC